AUGGGUGUAAACGAGAUCGUGGGCCUCAUGGCCCGCGAAGUUGCCAAAGACGGUAGCAUUCCGCCCAUCAAUGCCCCGUGGGCGACCAAGGACAUUGUCUACGUCUCCAUCGUCGGCACUGUCAUGCUUGCAGCCCUCCUUGAGUGGUUCUUGUGGGUUGCUGCCUUCCUGUACUGCAUUGUCAAGGUCUUCCAGAAGGCCGAGACCAUCAGUUCUAACACCGCCAGUGCCAUUUUCUUGCCCAUCAUGGUCGUUACUCUGCCAUUGCCUGCGCAGGUCGUGCAAUACUUCCCCCAGGCCAUGGUUGACUUCCUCCAAUGGUUCGCUUUCUGGUCGUUCGCUGGUCUCCUCACCAUUCCAUGGCUGUUCUGUGUCUACCAGCUAGUCACCCACUCCGUCGGACGCUCCAGGAGGAUCAAAUCCGUUCUCGACGAGGCCUCAGCGCCAAAGGUCGUCAUUGUUAUGCCCUGCUACAAGGAGAUUCCCGAUAUUCUCCUCCGUACCUGCGACUCGCUGGUCGACUGCGAGUAUCCCCCAUCCUGCCUCCACAUCUUCCUUUCAUUCGACGGUGACCAGGAGGACGAGCUGUACCUGAACACCAUCGAGAAGCUUGGUGUGCCGCUUACCCUCGACUCGUACCCCAAGUCUAUCGAUGUCAUCUACCGCAGCUGCCGUAUCACCGUCUCACGUUUCCCUCACGGUGGCAAGCGCCACUGCCAGAAGAGAACCUUCAAGCUCAUCGACAAGAUCUACACCGAGUACAUCAAGCGCAACGACAAUCUCUUUGUGCUCUUCAUCGACUCCGACUGUAUUCUCGACAAGACCUGCAUCCAGAACUUCAUGUACGAGAUGGAACUCAAGCCCGGCAGCAAGAAGAAUAUGUUGGCGCAGACUGGUGUCAUUACGUCCACAACUGAGAAGAACUCGCUCAUUACCCUCCUCCAGGAUAUGGAAUACGUUCACGUCGAAUCUGGCUGCGGUGCUGUUACCUGCUGUGCAGCUGGUGCGCUUACCAUGUUGCGAUUCUCUGCGUUCCGCAAGAUGGCCAAAUACUACUUCGCCGACAAAGCCGAGCAAUGUGACGACCUCUUCGACUACGGCAAGUGCCAUUUGGGCGAGGACCGUUGGCUGACUCACUUGUUCAUGAUUGGCGCAAAGGAACGUUACCAGAUCACCAUGAACACCGGAGCUUUCUGCAAGACCGAAGCCGUACAGGACUACGGAUCUCUCCUGAAGCAGCGUCGCCGAUGGUUCUUGGGUUUUAUCACCAACGAAGUUUGCAUGUUGACAGAUAUCCGUCUCUGGAAGCGCUACCCCAUCCUCCUAAUUGUCCGCUUCAUGCAGAACACCAUCCGAACCACCGCUUUGCUCUUCUUCAUCUUGGUCAUCUCGCUCAUCACCACUUCUCAAAAGGUCGCCAAUCUCCCCGUUGGUUUCAUCGCCAUCUCUCUUGGGCUCAACUGGCUUCUCAUGUUGUACUUUGGUGCCAAGCUCGGUCGCUACAAGAUCAUGUUGUACCCCCCUCAUCGUACCUGGGGUGGACCUCGUGCCGAUGCUGGAGCCGCCGACACCACCAAGACACCUCAGCAGGCCAUCGAGCAAGCCGAAGCUGCUGGAGACGAUCUUAACGUUGUUCCCGAAACCUUCAAGCAGGCUGCUGAAGCACAAAAGCACCGCCCCGCGCCCAUUCCUCUCCAGCCCUCCGACGCUGUCGAGGGUCGCUUCGCCGCCGCCGAGAGACUGCCCAACGGAUGGUACCAGCAAGGCAACGACUCUGGUCUUACUCUACCCAACACUAUGCCACGCAACCCCAACGUUCCCAACGUCCCGCUACACCCCCGCUCUUCCAUGGACUCCUUCACUUCUACCGGCACCUCUGCAAACAACUCCAUCUACAUGCCCCGCCGUGUCGAGAGUUUCAUGGACCCAGAAGACGCUCGUAUUUACCACAAGACCCAGCAGCAGCAAAAGCCCGCCGGUGGAGCCUACUUCGAGGAGGCACGCCAACAAGGAGCAUCGUACGAAGUCGGCAACGGCUCUGGCAAAUCGCCAUAUACCGAGUCCGUCAACUCGCUCUCUGAUGAUUCAGUCUACCAGUCCAAGGGUCCUAGGAGGCCUUCUCAGCCACGCCACAACAGCGAUGACGGCCACCGCCGUCGCAAUGACCAAGCAUACAACUCGCCUCUGUCGUCCGAGUACAACAACAGCGGCCUAGAAGCACCAAAAGCCUCAUACGCCAACAACAACCGUGACGCCAACCAGCGUAGCGGACGCAGUCCUCUCGCACGCCAAAGCUACAUCAGGACCGCGCCUGGUGAGGGCCACGAGAUGGAGUUGCAAGCACCACAGGAGAGCAGCCUGAUGCGCGACGCUUCCCCCGCACCACUCGGCCAGCCACAGAUGCCCGCAUCAUCGAAUCACUCCAGAAACGCAUCGACUGACUCCAAGAAGCGGAAGAGGCUUAGCAAGGCUCCCCGCAAGUAA